UUCCGCCUCCCUUUCAUCGGCCGUUGCGGAGGCGAUGUCGACGCAGGCGAUGAUCGACAGCCAACGCGAGGGCGCGGAGGUCUACCACGGCGCCGGACUCUGCAAGGAGCAGUCGAUGAAGCUACUGGACGAGAUCCACCUGCCCAGGGGCCUCCUCCCGCUGCCGGCCUUGGAGGAGGUCGGCUACAACCGGGCCACCGGGUUCGUGUGGCUGAAGCAGAAGAAGGCCGCCACCCACGUCUUCAAGGCGAUCGGAAAAACAGUGUCGUACGCGCCGCAGGUCACGGCCUUCGUGGAGGACCGGCGGAUGAAGCGAUUGUGCGGGGUCAAGAGCCGGGAGCUCCUCAUCUGGGUCUCCCUCUCCGACAUGUGCAUCGACGACCCCGAGUCGAAGCGGAUCACCUUCAAGACCCAAGCCGGCAUCGGUCUCUCCUUCCCCGUCUCCGCCUUCCAGACCGAGGAGGAUGAGAAAUCCAAGGAGGACGGUAAGUAGUCCCCCGCAUCUUCCAUUCAUCAAAUAAAUGAACCUUUA